AUGCUUGGUGGCGCGCCGGCUAUCCCAAUCAGUCUAUUUUGGAUGGCCUGGACCACCUAUCGCCAUAUUAGCGUCUGGAGCUCAAUUAUCGCGUCCGCGGUUUUCGGUUUUGGCAUCACAACCGUCUUCAUCAGUGCUCAUCUAUAUGUGAUUGACGCAUACGAGAAGGGUGCUGCAUCUGCCUUUGCCAUGCUUGUCAUGCCUCGAUACCUUGCAUCAGGUGGAAUUACUGUGGCAGGGGGCCCUAUUUAUUCCAGCAUUGGAGUUCACUAUACACUGAGCAUUCUCGGGGCGAUCAGCGCCGUCAUGGCUUUCGUUCCUUACGUUUUCUACUUCUACGGGCAUCACAUUCGGCGUGUCAGCCCACACGCAGUGGUCCAUGACUAA